UUUUUAGGAGAGCAGACAGCGAGCCGGGGCAACAAGCACGCAUUUGCAGUUGCCAUUUCAAGGAUGGAAAAAAAAGCAAAAUGCCAACCAUUUUCCCUUGGAAUAAGGAAACUCGUUUCCAAUUUCCAGAAACCCAAUGUGGACGGAGGAAGCGAACAGAACCCCACACACCACAGCAGGCACACAAACCUACCACGUCAAGAGCUGUACUAGAAGCGGAGAAUUACUUCCUGCAGAGAGAGGAAGAGGCUUCCGGGAAAGAACACCAAAGACGGUUCACCUUCAGUUCAAUUGAGGAGAAAACCAACCUGGUCGUUCUCUACACGGGGCUGCCACACAAAGAUAUGUUUUAUCUCUUGCUAGAGCUGUGCCAGAGGUUCACCAUAAGCUACCAUGCGGGAUGGCAGGUGCAGUCCAUUGAGCUGGCUGACCAGCUAUUCAUGACUCUCGUCAAGCUGCGCUCGAACACCACCCACCUUGACCUUGCUGUUCGAUUCAGCUGCAGCACUGCCACAGUCUCAAAUGUGGUGCUCACAUGGGUCAACAUAUUACACAAGGUGCUUUGCGAUGGGCUGAUGGGCCAGAUUCCUUCGGUGAACAAGGCCUGUCUCCCGUCAUGUUUUGCCAGCUUCACCAACUGCAGAAUCAUCCUCGACUGCACAGAGGUUGAAGCUGCUGUCCCAAAGGUAUUAAAUACAACUGAAGUUUUCAGCUUAGCCAUAUGAAGGAAAUAUGUAUUAUAUUCUGCCAUAUCACACAAAUACAUUUCAUUGCCUUAGUAUCGAAGAGCAUUCUGCUCUAUCUUCCUAGCAGUGAAUUUUUAGGUCACGGGCCUCAGGGUGCUGCCUCCGAUUUGUUUUUUGGCAAUCAUUAACUUUAUAAACUAC